GUUAAUGCACUCUGUGAAUUUUAGUUUAAACGGCUUGAACUGCAACAGCGAUGAAAAGCUAACAGGGACGCAAAGACUUUGCGAUGAGCGUCUCAAGAAGCUAAUGAGGGUUAGCUCAGCUAGCAUUAAACGCGAGGUUAUUAUUGGCGUUUCAGUCACUUUAUAUUAUUAAGAGCGAUAAAAACUUCAGCUGCAGUAACUCACUGCCAGCUAAGGAUUUCUAUAACAGGCAGUCAGUAAAAGUGGAUUCAAUGAAGCAGACGGUGCAGCCUUGCGGUUAAACACAGCUGUUGAUGUUUUGUUUUUUGGAUCCAAAGGACCGUGGAAACCCGGGCAGUAGGUCUGACUCUGAAGUUCAUUUUCUACUACACAAUGGAGACAAUGGAUUAUCGUUGUGAAAAAUGUGGACAGAGCUUUUCAGACAGCAGCAUGUUUGCCUCUCACCCCUGUUCACAAAGACAAAUCGCUUCAUCCAGUAAAGUGCAGCUGGACAGAUUCAAGUGUUCUCGGUGUGCUGAGGUCUUUUCCAAACCAGCUGCUCUCAAACAUCACUUUAAAACCAGCCACAGUGACCCAGACCUGACAGGCCCGUUCUUCUGCUCUGAGAAAGGCUGCUACUUCAGUGUCUCGGACCGUGACGAGUAUCAAGCCCACAUAAUGUCUACACAUGGCCUCACUCUUGUCCACUGCACCUACCGGGCUUGUAAAGCGUCAUUCCUCACACAGGCUGAGAUGGAAAGCCAUCGGAAAGGACACAUGCCCUUUGGCUGCUUUCACUGCCAGUUUGUCUCUGAAAAUGCUAAAACCCUGAGUGGCCACCUCUUGGAGCACAAACAUCUGCCAAAUAAUGCACAAGGAAAUGAGCAGGAGCCAACACCGAUGGGCUAUAAGGAAAGCCGCUUGUCUGAGGUCAGCGUGUCACAAAGAAAAAAUCCAGCUUGUGGGCCAGAGGAACAACCUGAGAGGCCAGGUGGCAUGAAAGACACGACUUUAGCAGGAGAUGCUACAUCAGUGCCAUCCAAAGAGUACCUUGCAGAGGGAUCAGAGCACAUCUAUCGCACCCACACCUGCCCCAAGUGUCGUCGCUGCUUCAAGAUGCGCUCUCACCUCCAGGAGCACCUUCGUUUGCAUUUCCCCGACCCGAGCCUCCAGUGUCCCACCUGCAAGCGUUACUUCACCAGCAAGAGCAAGCUGCGUGUUCACAGGCUCAGAGAGGCCGGCGAAAAGAUCCACCGGUGCCACUUGUGUGAGUAUUCCGCCGUGGAGAGGAGCUCAAUCCGGCGCCAUCUAAUCAGCGUGCACGCCGGAGAUGGCGAAAACGGUUACAGCUACAUUUGUCCGACCUGUGGGGGAAGGUUUCGCCUGAGCAGUGCAUUGAAGGCUCACAUGAAGUCACAUAACAUCCUGUCUGACAGCCAACCCUUAGCCUGCUUCCAGGACGGUUGUUCUUUCCAGAGUUCUCAUCACAAAGACCUCAUUAGACACUCUGCCGAGGCUCACGGAGUCAAAGCAGUGGAAUGCCGUCAUCACGCCUGCGGCGCCCUCUUUAAAAGCGAGACGGACAUGGAGGAUCACUAUCGGACGCACCUCGCCUAUCACUGCUCAGAGUGCGAUUUCUCUUGCUCCAAUAAAACAGUCUUCCUCCAGCACCAGCGGCUCGGUCAUGCAGGGCCUGAAAAGCUCAGCUGCGACUUCUGCUCCUUUGUCACGUUCAACCCCGUGGAGUUUGAGCAGCACCUCGGGCAUCUGCACGCCAACGAGAAGAUCCACCGCUGCUCUCAGUGCAGCUACGUGACCUCGCACAAACGGGGUUUGAAGCGGCACAUGCUCAUGCACAGUGGUGAGAGGCCCCACAAGUGCAGCCUGUGUGAGUUCAAGUGCCGAGAUGAGUCCUACCUGUCCAAACACAUGCUCACUCACUCAGAUGAUAAGAACUUCAUGUGUGCCGAAUGUGGAUACGUCACCAAAUGGAAGCACUACCUUAACGUCCACAUGAGGAAACAUGCAGGGGACCUCAGGUAUCCCUGUGAUCAGUGUCCAUAUCGCUGUCACCGCAUGGACCAGCUAAACAGCCACAAAUUACGGCACCAAGCCAAAUCACUCAUGUGUGAGAUCUGCGCUUACGCCUGCAAGCGCAAAUAUGAGCUUCGAAAUCAUAUGUUGGCCAAACACUCCGGAAAGGACAGACAGUCCGCCGUGUUCAAGUGCAAAUACUGUAUGUACACCACCUGCUACCGUCAGGCGCUUCAGAAUCACGAGAACUGCAAACACACAAAGCUGAAAGAGUUUCGUUGCGCCCUCUGCUUCUACUCCUCCUUUAGCAGCAUCAGCCUUUUCCUUCACAAGAGGAAAACACAUGGGUACGUGCCCGGGGACAAAGCGUGGCUGGACAACUACGCUGCAAAGGAGAAGGAGAGGAGCUCGGCUGAAUUCAUGCAGGAUUUUUACAACAAGCCUUCAGUUACUCGCAAGCUGCCUGAAGGACCUCCACCUUCUGGUGCUCCUGAAGGUCAAAGAGACCAAGUCCUGCCUGACCACGAUGGCAGCAGAGAAACGUCUCCUGCUUCACAACCUGAGGAAGUUUUUGAUGUUGUUUCUAAGGAGACCAUUACAGAAAGUCCUUCGCCCAUCGGCAGUCCUGAGGAAUACUGUACCCUCGUUCUAACUGCACUCUCCACCUCUGACUUUCAAACCCCCUCUGAAAACUCUGCAAGGGCUCCUACUUUAGAUUCUAACAGGCCCGAGGCGUCACAAGUAAAAGCAGACCUCUCAUCAGAGGAACAUGAUGAAGAUAUACAUGAUAGCUACGAGCCUCUAAAUAACACAGCUGAACUGGUUGAGCCCAGAGAUUGUCAGACACCUGACAGAAACUGUGAAACAAUCAGUCCUACUUUUCCACCUGAGCACAGUCAGUCCUUACAGUCUGAGGUGCAUCUGAAUGCUAUGAAAAAGUAUGACAAGGACCAAGCAGAAGCCAUGGUGUUAGAGGGACGGGUGCAGAUGCUCGUGGUGCCAGCUGAAGGAGUUUACCGCUGUGAGAAAUGCUCUUAUGUCACCUGCAGAGAGAGCGCUUUGAGGCACCACUGCCAAGCUCUGUGCCACGGCAGGAUGAAGGGCCACAAAUGUCAGGCCUGUGGUGCGCAGUUCAAACAGAGGCGGGGCCUCGAUGGCCACCUUAAAAAGAAGUGCCCAGCCCUGCCACGGAAAACGAGGACAUUUGUAGGCAUUUCAGAAACAAGUGUUGCUCCAAAGGAGAGCCGUACUGUAGAUCAGGAGGGAUCCAAUUCAGAUCAGACAGAGCAAAAUAAAAUUUCCACUGAUCCUGAGUGUACAUCUCAUUCUAAGACCUUUGUUAAUGAUGAUGCCGCUACAUCCAGUGCAUCCGAAAACCAGCAAACCGAAAGUCAGAAAAAACUGAUCUCCAGUAACAAACAGCAAAAGUCCCUUUAUAGUAAAAAGGGUGGGAAAUUCAGAUGCAAGCUGUGCAGCUUCUCAUCCGUCAGGCUCAUAACAAUUAAACGGCACCUCUCGACCUGCAGGAAAAGGGAGAAUGAGACCAAUUUAGAAGCAGGUGAUGAAGGUGGGAAUGAGUCAAUCAAAGAAAGAGAAGAACUGGUGGAGAAACUCGACGAAGACCUUGUAAAAGUUUCUAAGAAACGUCAAAUUUUUGGCUGUCCAAGCUGUGCAUUUAAGUGCAGUCAGAAGAGAGCUUUAGACAGCCAUGAAAGAAAAGGCUGCAUGAGGCCUGGUGAAGUACAGUGCUCUCUCUGUUCAUUUGUAGCCAAAUCUAAACUUUCUUUGACCCGACACAGUUUAUGUGUUCAUGGCAAGGAAAAGUUCGGUGCUGCCAAACCCAAACGUUUGCACUGCCAGCACUGCACUUUCAGCUGCAAACAGCAGCGCUGCAUGACGCAGCACAUUGCACUCAAACACAAAGGUGCACGACCUCACCGCUGCCGCUUCUGCCCCUUCAGCACCACGCGGCGCUACCGCUUGGAAGAGCACGAGUCUCUCCACACAGGUGUCGGCCGUCACCGCUGUGACGUGUGUGACAAAACCUUUGGGGCGGUGACCAAAUUGCGCCAACACAAGAGACGCAUUCACGACAAACUGCCCACGCACUUCUGCUCGUUAUGCGACUUCAGCAGCUACACGCUUGACGACGUGAGACGCCACAACCGCAGAUGCCACACGGGGGAGCUGCAGCACGUUUGCACCCACUGUGAUGCUCAGUUUAGCUCAGAUGUCGCUUUGAGAAACCACUGCAAGCGUGUGCACCAGCUCCAGGUGCGUUUCUCAUGCAAGCAGUGUGACUACACCUGCAGCAGCGACAUCACACUGAGGGCCCACCAGCAGAGCAAGCACCCCCAGGUGAAAUGCAACACCUGUCAGGAGUCAUUUGAAACUAAGGAAAGCCUCGAGCUUCAUCAGAGAGUUCACCUGGCGCAUCAGUGUCACGUGUGUCCCUUUGCUACCAAAACGAGGCAGCUGCUGGCUCAGCACUUCUUGAGCGAACAUGAGGAGGGACCUGCGGAGGACAAGGCGCUGAGGUGCAGCACCUGCCAGUUUGCUUGUCACCAUCAGCUGGUCCUGGAGCAGCACCUCCGCUCGCACGGAACCAAGCGCUUGUACAAAUGCACCGACUGCCAGUACUCGACCCGGAACAAGCAGAAGAUCACGUGGCACAUUCGCAUCCACACUGGGGAGAAGCCUUACAGCUGUGAGGAGUGCAGCUACACCUGCACCGAUCCAUCGAGGCUGAAGCUUCACAUGAGAGUUCACCAAGAAGAGAAGAAGUACCUUUGUCCAGAGUGUGGCUACAAGUGCAAAUGGGCGACUCAGCUGAAAUACCACAUGACCAAGCACACAGGAGAGAAGCCGUAUGCCUGUGAUGAGUGCGACUACCGCACCAACAGAGCAGACGCCCUCCGCGCACACUGCGACACACAGCACUGUGAUGUGCGCCCUUAUGUUUGCGAGAAGUGCGGCAAAGCCUUCAAGACUAGCUUCAUACUGAAGACCCACCAGCGCCAGCACAGCGACGACCGGCCAUACACGUGCGGGUUGUGUCAAAAGGCUUUCAGGUGGCCGGCGGGUCUCAGACAUCACUACCUGUCUCACACCAAGCAGCAACCUUUCAGCUGUCGCCACUGCUCAUACAGAGCCAAGCAGAAGUUCCAGGUGGUCAAGCAUCUGCAAAGGCAUCAUCCAAACAUGCCAGCAGAGGAAGGUGUGGUAAGAGACUCAGAAGCUGGAGGCCUCACCCUGAAGGAGGCUCUAGAGGGGACUCUGGAUAAAAGAGCAGAAGAAGCAGCCAAUGAGCUGCUUCCACCAGCCAGUGAGGUACAGGAGGUUGCUGAAGAGGUCGAGCUAGGAUUAAACCCUGAAGAGAGAGAGAGUAACUGGUGACAUAGCUGUCAUGCUGAAUGGGUACAGAAAUUCUCAGCACUUUCCCCGGACAUCGACGUCGUCCUGAUGGCAACAUCUGUUUCUCCAGACCUCUAUAUAUCGUUCAACAUCAGCGGUGUCCUUACAGGUGUAAAAGUUAGUUACAUGAGCACUAGACGCACACCUACAUACGUCACAGAUGCUGUUGUGUGGAUCCUUGAUUUCUAAGAGAACCUCAGUGGCGGAGAAGCUGGCCGUGUUUCUGGUUUAAGAGUUUUACCCUGAAUCUGUGGUUGCAGUGAUGAUGCUGUUCAGAGGAUUUCCUGAGCCCCUGCAGUGACUUCCAUCACAGAAUCAGGUCUGAGAAUCUUUUAAACAUACUGUGUCAAAGAAAAUAAAAUUCUUUUCAAUUCUA